UCUUCCUUUUCUCAUACUCAAUAUUCUUGAAACCCCAUCUCUCAUCUAUAAAUACAAUAAUCCAAAUACUAGAAAUUGGUAUAUAAAAUCAAGAUUCGAUAAUUAUGGAUAUUAACGUCGAAAAUAUCAACACUGAACAAGCUCCACUCCUGACAAACAACACACUUCUUCCCGAACCUGCACAGAAAAACCUGAUUGAAAAAGCCAUUAGCCAAACAUUCGAAAGCACGGCUCACUUAGCAAAUCUUUUGCCCACUGGUACGGUUCUUGCUUUUCAAUUACUCGCACCCAUAUUUACGAACCAGGGCCGGUGCGACCCCGUGAGCUGGGAUCUGACUGCCGGGCUCGUGGGUCUUUGUGGGCUGUCGUGUUUUUUGUUGAAUUUCACCGAUAGUUUCAAUGAUCGAGAAGGUAAUGUAUGUUAUGGGUUUGCCACGAUUCAUGGGUUGUGGAUCAUCGAUGGGUCGAGAAGUCUACCAGCAGAACUUGCAGUUGAUUACAGGCUGAGGUUUAUGGAUUUCGUACAUGGAUUCAUGUCGAUUAUGGUUUUCGCAACAGUGGCUUUAUUCAAUGAGGAUGUUGUGAAAUGCUUUUACCCUUCACCAUCUGAUGAAGCGAAAGGGCUUCUAACCACAUUGCCUCUUGGAUUCGGAGUUCUUUGUAGCAUGUUGUUUGUUGUUUUCCCUACGAAACGCCAUGGAAUUGGGUUUCCAAUUGGCACCAAUUAACACUCGUAAGCCAUCAAGUGUCCAUAAUAAGUUAGUUGUUAGCUGACAGUAUAAACUAGUUG